GUACCAAAGAAGACGUCAAUCCUAGGUGAACUGACGGCAGCACUUUUACUCGUCACAAAUUGAACGUCGGGAUUUUUGUACUGCAACUGUGGAACAUCUUUGAAUAUAAAAUUCCUACAAGGAAAAGAACCAAUUUUCUUCAAACACAGCAAGUCAGGGGGGGGGGGGCUCAAGCAGUCUUACAAGAUAAUUUUUGCUCACCUAAUUCCUUUACUGUUGUCCUGAUGUGAAUAAGAAAGCAAGACAUUUUUUACACUAGGUUUUAGCACUACUUUCCCACUAGAUAAAAAUUCUACUGUCCUUCGGAAUGGAUAUCUUCCCUUAGCCAUUUUGAAAAUACAAAUUUUAAAACUUCACAGCGUACAUGAAGUACUGCGAACGUGCGUAUAAAAUGCAGGCUCAACGCUCACUAAAGUUUCUCCAGAGUCUGCAUAAAUUAAGAAAGUCGCGCGCGCGGGAGACUGUGGCGAUUUGUUUACUUCGAAACAAAAAAUUUAAAUGGAACCAGUUUUUAGUUUAAAACAUCUUAAUGGUGGGAAAAACAAGGCGAAUAAUAAUUCUACCGAUACUUCUGCCUUCCCUGCCACUGCGUAUGAUUAUCUAAGACAUGUACAGUGAGUAAAAUGUGCAAAAUAUAUUAAUUUUUAAAGUGGCUUGGUAUUUUCAAUGACCCUACUAUAAUUUUACCAUCAUUUAUGGUAACCUUGAAUGCGGCCUAGCUACCUCGUUCUUUUGUGUAGAAAUGAAGCAGCACAUUGUCCUGAUAUUGUGGUCGCCAGCAUGGAUUGCAGUGUCUUCAGUGCAAACCAAGAUCCCAAUUUUAUGACAGUAAGCUACGGUUGAAAUGAAUUGCAAAUAAAUUAUAAACAAAUUCACAAUCCAACUUGUAAUCUAGGCAGAGCCAAUCAAAACAUCCGAGGACAACAAAGGGCCAUCAGCAGAGUGGCAAAAUGAACAAGUUUCUGCUUUUGCAGAAAUCAGACAGGUCGGUCAAUAACUACCUGGAGUGCUUGCCUGGAGUGCUGGUGAUCAUUCAUCUUCCUCUGUCCUCAUUUCCAAUUUGUUCUGAGAUGCAUAGAUUUAGCCCUCUCUGUCUUCAGUUUCUAGCUCAUCAAAAAGCAUUGCUAAAGGAGAAGAAAGUUAAGAAGAGAAAGUUGGUUAGUUUGGUUGCCAUUCACUUUGUAUUAAGUAAACCAGGGAUGGGAGGGUUCUGAGCAGGUGCUGGUCAUGGAGUAGGUGCUGGUCAUAGAGCAGAUACUGGUCCUGGAGCAGACAAUGGUAGUUCAAUCAUCUUCUUCCCUAUUAUUGCAGCCUGAUGCAGAAAAUGAACAACAGUGGUUCCAGCUUUGCUUUGGAAAAAAACAACAAACAACAACUGCCCAAUGGUAAGACUAGCUAGACAGACACAGACAGACAGACAGACAGACAGACAGACAGACAGACAGACAGACAGACAGACAGACAGACAGACAGACAGACAGACAGACAGACAGACACCAUCACACAGACACCAUCAGAUAGAUAGAUACAGUGGAAGGAUCCAAACACCUUUUGUUGUAUUUUUGCAGCAAGAGAGAAACACAAGACACUGUGUCAAGUAUUCAAACUGAAGUGGUAUAAUGAUUGUAUGGUUGUAUAUAACUGCCAUAACCUUGCUUCAUUUAUACAAACAAUGAAAUGUACAGUAUGUAACAUGUUAUUUAUUUCAGGAGCAUAGUGGUGGUACUCCAGCUCUUUUGAGUAUCAUUUGUCAAAUGAAUCAGGUAAUAACUCAGUGAAUGAAAACAUCAUGAGUGAAACUAAGAUAUAUCAUUAUUUCUUUCUGUGUUUAUUUUUCUACUGUAGUCAACAGUGUUAACAGUAUUGGAUCAUCAUGUUGGCUGGUUGGAAACACAACCAUUCACCUUGUUACAGGUUUGACAGCUUUAACCCAUUAAUCCUUUAAGUGGUAAUGUGCCCUGAGCAUCCUACUUUAGUAUUUUACUCUGUCUAAUGCCAGAUUAUUUCACUUGUCAAGGAGAGAGUGCUGCUACUCAAUGGGCUAAUGCAUCCUCUUAAUCAUUUAAGUGGCCAUGCAUCCACUCUGGUUGUGCCAUACUUUAUUAUUUUAAUACUCAGUCUAACACCAGGCAAUUUAAUCAGCAAGGGGCGAGUGCUGCCACUCAAUGCAUGGGUUAACCAUUAUUUAACCAAUUACUCAAUGGUGAAAGACAGUAUACACUCAUGCAAUCAAGUGUUAUUUAUUUAGGGUCAAUGGAUACAUGCAUUACUCACCGCUGUUGAGAAGCCUCUCCUUCCCGAUACAACGUACUCCCUGCGGAGAUUAGCAAGAUUGUGUGCAAAACAAAAAGAAAGUUUGGUUAGUUGGAAUUCUCAUGGACUAUUUUCAUAGUUGGAAUUCUCAUGCACAAUUUUAUUAAAUGGACUAUUUUCAAUCAAUCAAUACAUUGAUAUAUGUAAUCAAUACAAUCACCAUCCAUCAACCACCUUUGGGAUUGGUUAAAUCAUCUGGCUAAAGCCACCCUAAAACGUUCAUGAUUUCUAUUUGUUUAGACUCCAGAACAGACGGACGAAAUGGCUGCGUUGUAUUUAAUAAUUAUUUUAGUUAUGAGGUGCGUACUUUGAUGUUUUCGCGAGGUCCAUCGCUAGGAGAUUAAUAUUAAGCAGAACUUACUGCUGAUGAAAGGCCUUCUUUGGAAUGUCAAAGUGUUUUUUAUUUUAUUUAGAUCUCUUGUUUGUAUAACUAACAAUCUUUUUUUCCAGGUAUUUUGGACAGAGUGAUUUAGCAGAAACAUUAUGACAUUUCAUCACUUGAAGACAAAGCUCGCUUAAACAUCCAUGUGAAAAUAUAUUCAGUCACUUACCUCUGACACUUGAGCUUUGACAAGUUCUAAAGCAGAAAAAACUAACCUUCUUGUACAAAAAUGAAAUAUUAUCGCCAUUAAUAAUAAAACUUUGCUACUUUUAAUAAAGACUGCAAUUUGCUGUAUCUAUAUAUAAUUCAAAAUAUUGUUAAAUAAAAACUAUAUUUUGAAGGCAUUUUGAAGUAUAUAUAUGUAUUUUAUACACAUUGUAAUUUACAAAAAAAUCUUAAGUCUGGUGUACAUUAUCAAAGUUUCUGUGAUCACAGUAGGAAUUUUGCAUGGGUAAAUUCUACGUUUUGAAGGAUUUGUAAGAAAUGUUUGAGGAAACCUCAGCAUUUAACAUUUAGAAUUUACCGAAUGCAAAAUUCCUAGUGUGAUCACAGAAACUUUGAUAGUGUAACCAGCCAGUCAUUAUGGUGAGAUCACACACACACCACGUGAAUACAUGUACAAACUUUACACGGCUGGAAGAUGUCAAAUUUUUAUGAUGUCAGCAAGAUUUUCUUUUGGUUGAGUCAUAUUGUCUGGGAAGUAUGUCACAAGUUGAUCAAAUAACU